GGUGUCUGAUUUCUCCGUCUGGCACUGGAGAGGCUGUUGUUGUGUUUCGUACGCAGGUAUACCCAUAAAAUGGACAAAAUCGCUCUGCAAUCCGCCUGUUUAAUUCUUAUAACAGUCCUGGGAAAUGUUAGAAGCACGACUAUUACUUGUCAUUGUACAAAUUGUGACAACAAAACCUGCAGUACUGGGGGGGCAUGUAUGGUGAUUGCUACUCGAUAUUCAACAGGAGUGAUUGAGCACUAUAAAGGAUGUAGUACUGACGAACAUCGUUUUGUAUGUCCUAUGGAAGAUGAACCAGUUGAUCCAGAUGAGAAUGUAUACUGCUGUAGGACAGAUAUGUGCAACUUUGUAGCAAUAACUCUGCCAACAUUAACACCUUCCACAGUCUACAAACAAAAAGACUCAGAUGAUCAGAGUGGCAAUAAGCUGAGCACAGUAGGGGUGGCAGCAGCCAUUGCUGGCCCUAUGUGUGUGAUUUGUGCUCUAAUCAUGCUGUUCAUUUGCUGGCACCAAAAAAGGCAAAUGAAGAAACAGGGAGAGUUUCGGGAAGCAGAAGCAGCACUUCAGCCGGUGGAGGAUGAAGCAUUGAUUCCUCCAGGGCAAACUCUGAAAGAAUUAAUGGAUAUGUCAACAGGAAGUGGCUCUGGAUUGCCUUUAUUGGUUCAGCGUACCAUCGCAAGACAAAUCCAUUUGGUGGGACUCAUUGGUAAAGGCCGUUUUGGGGAGGUUUACCGAGGGGUGUGGAGAGGACAGAGUGUUGCAGUUAAAAUCUUUUCAUCUAGGGAUGAGUGCUCAUGGUUCCGUGAAGCAGAGAUCUAUCAGACAACCAUGUUGCGACAUGAAAACCUUUUAGGUUUUGUAGCUGCUGACAACAAAGAUAAUGGUGCCUGGACACAGCUUUGGUUGGUUACAGAUUAUUUAGAAAAAGGCUCUUUGUAUGACUAUCUUCAACUUGUUACUCUGGAUGUUGAAUCUAUGCUGAUGUUAGCAGUUUCAAUAGCCAGUGGACUUGCUCAUCUCCACAUUGAGAUUGUUGGCACCCAAGGAAAGCCAGCUAUUGCACAUCGUGACUUAAAAAGUAAAAACAUUCUGGUUAAAAGAAAUGGGACAUGUUGCAUAGGUGAUUUGGGUCUUGCUGUUCGCCAUAGUUCUGUUACUGACACAGUUGAUGUUCCUCCUGGGAACAGAGUUGGAACAAAGCGCUACAUGCCACCUGAAUUUUUAGAUGACAAUAUGCAUGUGCGGCACUUUGACGCAUACAAGCGAGGUGACAUGUAUGCAUUUGGUCUUGUGUUAUGGGAAAUUGCAAGGAAGUGUGUGUGUGGUGGAAUAUGUGAUGAAUAUCAGCUGCCCUACUAUGACAGAGUUCCUUGUGAUCCCAGCAUCGAAGAUAUGAGAAAGGUGGUCUGUGUGGAUAGGUACCGCCCUGCCUUUCCAAAUAGGUGGAUACAAGAUCAGACACUACAGUCUAUGUCCAAGUUGAUGAAAGAAUGUUGGUAUGCUAAUAGUGCUGCAAGACUUACAGCUCUGCGUGUUAAAAAGACUCUUACAGCACUGUGUCAGUUACAUGAUGUUGAUAUUAUGGUGUAGAGGGAUCCAUCAAGAAAAAUCUUGUACCACAAGUCUUAGAUGUGUUUAUCACUUGAGGACGUUGACAAUAGGAGGAACUCUCUGAUAUCCUCCGGGGCAAUGUGUAGGUCCUGUAAUGGGAUAGCACACGACCAUAUGUAAACGUCCUCCCUCACACAACUUGUCUACCAACACACUAUUGGCAUGGCUCUCAUAAAGUUUGCAGUUCAAACAGCAAUGCUACAUGACAGAGAUAAGGUAUGAUUUCUUUGUAACCAAGAAGUAUUCCCGUUUUUGUCUUGUAUUUAUGUCCUUGGCAUUGUCUAACCGUCCGUGGCACAAAGUGUUGGUACUCAUCAGAAACAAUGAUCCUGACUUCUUUUUAUGUAAGAACCUGAAUACAAAGAUAUGCUGGAAUUGAAAAACUGUUGAAAAAGACUUGCAUUUUGAUAACAACUGUACAACUAUGUAACGGACAGGUUCUCCUUCUUGGUCGUUUUUAUAUGUUUCAAAUGGGAAUUCAGAAUAGAGCUGAAUAGUUUUUAAAUCGUUAACAUUCCAUAUCCAAUUAUUCAAGGGUGGAUACUUUGCUGUGAGGGCUAAACUUUCACAAACUAAUCCUCAAAAUAUUGAAUACCAUGCAUAAGAUAGCUGCUCUGCUGUUACUAACUCCAAGAUGAAGCGUGUUUGUUGCAUUCAAAUUGCGAUACAAUUGUUUAAGGUGGUUCUCACGUUUAAAAAAAGUGUAUUUUUAAACAAAUUUUUAUCUUCGUAAACUGGUGGUAUAAGGUAAGUACAUGAAUGUUCAUAAUAAAUACAUUGUGACUGUAAUGCACCAAAGAAAAAUGUGAAGAGAAACAAUUUUAGAAUCCACGAAAUCUUCCUUGAUAUCCGUUCUUUAGAACGCUGUACUGUACCUUGUGAAUAGUUGUAAAUAAAGCAAAUGCUUCGCGUGCAAGGGGCAUGGGAGAAACUGAAGGGUGUAAACUGCAGUGAACAGAGUCAGAGUGUAAUCAGUAAAAACUUCAUUAAACUGUU